UGACGCGCCUCCGAGACGCUCCUCCGAGACGGCGGGCGGCGCUGCAGCCUGUGGCCGGAGCGGAACACGGCGAAUGGAGGGAAAGUUUGUUCUGGAUGACAACAGAGUUAGUUGUUCAGGAUGAAGUAGAAGAAAGCUCAGUCAGAAAGUCUUCAGGGAGCCUGAACGCCUCUGAGCGGAUGAUGAGCAGCAGCGCGGGGUUAGAGGCGUCACUGCUCGACGCGCUGCGCGACGCGGACGCCAGGUGUGUGGAGUCUCUGCUGCGUCAGGGAGCGGACCCCAACACCAUCCAGGACGGACUGGCAGCUGUUCAUCUGGCGGCAGGGAAAGAGUCUGAGAGAGGCCUGCGCUGUCUCAAACUGGUCCUACAGCACGGAGCCGAUCCCAACCUCAGGACUACUGACGAUCUGACUCCUUUACACAUCGCUGCAUCUUGGGGGUGUUUUCAGAAUCUCCGAUUACUCUUAAGGAAUGGCGGAAACCCAAACCUCACAGAUCAAGAUGGGAAUAAACCAUCUGAUCUGGCGGAGCAGGAGGAGAACAGUAGAUGUGCAAGCCUUCUUCAAGAGUACGAAUCCCAUACAUCCAAAGAGGAGCUAGACAUUCCCAAAUUCCAGUAUUCAAUCCUCUCUGGACAGUCCAUGAGCGACAGUUCGUUCAGUCCAGAAACUUCAAUGCUUAUUCCCCCUGGAGCAGGCCCAUUGAGCAGCACACGCCUGUCCUGUUUUUCCAGCACUUGUAGAGUCAAUGGAAGACCUUUGAACAGAGAGAGUCAGGCUUUCUGGCUCUCAGAGACGUCAGAUCUUGAGUCACAUGAUUCUCAUGUUUGGAAUAAUGAUGACAUGUGCAAGGAGUUACCGAUGCUGUCUAGUAAUUGUCUCUCUGCUGUGGACAAUAAGAACAAUCCAUCCAUGACAUAUCAGCAUCAAGCCGCAGAUACUGACUGUGAUGUUUUGCACAAUAACCCUGUUUUGUCUCAACGGGAAAACAGGAAGAGUGUCACCUUCAGGGGAAGUAUUGAUUAUUUACCUGUAAUCAGCCCAGAUGAGCAUCAGCAGUUCUCUCUUGAUCAGUCUAGUGAUCUUACAUCGGAUCUUUCUCAAUAUGUGGAUUUCUUAGAUUGUAAGCGUAUGGCGACUGUGUUACAGAAUCAGGGAAUCGAUGUCACGUGUCCUGAUGAUGUUUUCAUAUUUUCCAAAGAAGUUGACACAGGGGAAGAUGAAUUUGAUAAGACUGUUGUGGGGCCUGUACAACUGGAUGAUGAUGAUGAUGAUGAUGAAUUUAAGAGCAUCAUUCAGCCCCACAUCAGCAGUGGGUCCAGCGAGUACAACAGCUGUGGCAGUGAGCCAUACCAGAGCCCCAGCACUGAAAACAGUGGAAGUCCACCUUCGUCCGAACCCUGUGACCACAAAUCAGAUUUGACUGUGGAGCGGUGUGGCUUCAGUGUUAGAAAUGAUGGAAACAGACAGCUAAAAGAGGUAGUCAGGGGUCCUAUUGAACAAUCGUGUGUGUCCGCAACCGUCCGAGAUGCCAGUAAGAUUGAGGUGACCAGUACUGAAUCUGAUUGUAUUCCAAGUCCAUUUGUUACUGGGAGAACCAGGUCCAGAUUGAGUCGUCAUUCUGAAAGAAUGAGCCAAAAAUUGGCUUCCUUUCAAACCAGCUCUUGCCUCUUUGAACAGACGCUGCCCACCGCUACCCGUUCGCGCCGCAACACUGUGAAGUCGCCUUAUGGUACAUCAAAGCACAGUUUUAAUGAAGACAAAAUGGAGGAUGUUGACUCACAAUUGAGCUCUCUCAAGUUAUCUGUAAUCUCAGAUGGUCAAAGCCAAGCUGACACACUAAUCCUAUCCGACAGCAUGGCUGACACUGUGUUAAUUGCUGAAAGAAGUGUUGAACCACAGUUGGAAACAAGGUCUUUGCCAUCUCAGGUAGAUAACUCAGAAUCUGCCUCCAGGUUGAUGUAUGAAUCCCCAAAAACACAGAGGAAUCCAGGUGCUAAUGCAGGGUGCUCUGGAUGUACUCCUCGGUAUAGCAUGAGCCGACUGUCGGGACGCUCGCGACAGGCACUGGCCAACUUUUCUUGCACACCUGCUGGACAGCCCUUAGCUACUGAAAUGGAUGAACCUGUGGAAUACCUUUAUACUGACACUGAAGAGGGCCAUGAGCUCAUUGAGACCCAUGUUCCCCCAAUGGCCAAUACCUCCUUCAGCUCUAGGAUAAGCACCAGUAGCUCUGAGGACACACUGCUUUACGAUUGGCGCUCCCUUCAGCUCGGCUCUACAAGUCCAGACUGCAGCACAGACAGCUAUCGACCCAAACAGGAGAGUGAUGUUGGAGUAAGUGGCCUAACUGACAAGGACCUUAGAAGCAAGUUAAUUGAAAUGGGAGAAUAUCCAGGACCCAUAAACAGUCAAACCCGUCCACUGUACGUACAGAAGUUAAAGAGAUCCCUUCAGAAUACGCCACACAGCCAGAGAUCUGUCGCAGUGAGCCCCAGUGCUGCAGGUUACAGCCCAGAACUGGAAAAUGUGCUUCACAGAUUCAUACUUCCUAAUUGUCAAGCAGAUGAGCUUGCUCUGUGUGAGCAGUUUGAUAAGGCAGAUCAGAAUAAGAGAUGGCGGGAGGGUUUCAUUAAAUCCAGCUUUAACUACCUGCUGCUUGACCCACGAGUGACGAAGAAUCUACCAUAUCGAAGUCAGUCCAUGAAUCCUAAAGAAUGUUUUCAGACGUUCAUCAGUGCGGUUUUCUAUGUUGGAAAGGGCAAGCGUUCUAGACCUUACAGUCACCUCUAUGAAGCUCUGGAGUAUUUCAAAGGAGACAAGAGCUCCAAGAAACUCUGCUCAAAAGUGCAGCACAUCCUGCAGGUCUGGAAUGCUGGGCACGGAGUGAUAUCCCUGCACUGUUUCCAGAAUGUGAUUGCUGUGGAAGCCUACACACGUGAGGCCUGUAUGGUGGAGGCCAUCGGGCUGAAGAUGCUCACAAACCAGAAAAGAGGAGACUACUAUGGUGUGGUGUCAACUUGGCCUGUACGAAGAAAGCGGGAGUUAGGGGUUCACCUGUUGUACAGGGCAAUGCAGAUCUUUUUGGCUGAAGGAGAGCGACAGCUCCGACCUGCCGACAUAAGAUGAUCCAUAGACGCUGUGGCAUUAAAGAAACCAUUCAUAAAUUACUCUUGUUCACUAUUCCAAAAACAUUAGCAUGUUGAUAUAGUAAUAUAAAAAUAAAUCAACAUUGUAAUCUGGUACUGCGCAUCAGCAGUGAAUAAAAUGCAUUACUGUAAUAGUUUUAAUAACAAAACAGAGCACCAGCUUUUCAGAUUCCAAAUUUGAUGUACCUUUUUAAUCCUUGUUACUUAUUGUAUUGUUCCCGUUUUAUGCAAAUAAUGAGCUACAUGCAGUGUACAUAUCUUAGUAGUAGUGGUAGAUUUUUGUUUUUAAUGCAUAUGUAGUUACAUUACAUAAAUCAUUUUACCAGUUUUUAUUUUAUUUUUUGUUUCUUUUAUGAAAUUACGUAGAUCUAAAGUGACAUUUACAAUUAGUUUGCUGUCUUUUUGGUUAAAAUAGUUAUACAAUAGAGCUGGAUAAAAGCUAUGCUGAUUAGGCUAGUUGCAAUCAUUGCGUAAAUAAAAAGUUAGAGAAAUCCUUAAGUUUGAUUAUUUUAAUGGAAGACCGAAUAAAAGCUAAAAGUAAAAUCACAAAA